GUUCCCGCGGUUCCAGGCCGAUCGCUUCAAGAAGAUGAACCAGAGCUGGCGCAAGCCCGUUGGUAUCGACGGCCGCGUGCGCAGGAAGUUCAAGGGCUCCACGCAAAUGCCCAGCAUCGGUUACGGUUCGGACAAGAAGACGAAGUUCCGCCUCCGCAACGGCUUCUACAAGUUCCGCGUGCAGAACCUGUCGGACCUCGAGAUGCUGCUCAUGCACAACGAAAAGUACGCGGUCGAGAUCGCGCACAACAUCGGCGCGAAGAAGAGGAAAGAGAUCGUGGAACGUGCCGACCAGCUCCGCCUCUUCGUCACCAACAGGUUCUCGAGGCUGCGCACAGAGGAGAACGAGUGA